AUUUACUACUUCCACCCCUAACACAAUGAGGUCAUGGCUUAUCUUCAUCCUCUCCGCGUUUCUCUACAGCACCUCCACUUCAGCUCUGCCUAGUCAUCGUCCUGACUAUAAUGACGACACUUCACGGAGCUCUCAGAAGGCCCGCACGGUGUCGAAAGAAUUAUUCUCCUCGCUCGAGGAGCUCUCCCGUAUUGUUGAUAUAACAUAUUGCGUUGGGACGACGGGCGUGUACAAACCGUUCACUUGCGCGGGACGGUGUCAUGAAUUCGAAGGAUUUGAACUAGUUACGACCUGGAACACGGGCCCGUUUCUCUCCGACUCGUGCGGCUUCGUUGUCCUCUCCCACCCACCAUGGCCCAAACGCAUCAUCAUCGGAUUCCGCGGCACCUACUCGAUUGCAAACACUAUCGUGGACCUCUCUGCUAUCCCCCAGAUCUACACCCCAUACCCGGCUAAUAACCCCACAGAUCCUCACCAGCCUCGCUGUAAUAACUGCACCGUCCAUGCCGGAUUCAUGGAGUCAUGGAAGAGCGCUAGACGCACAUUGCUAGACCCUCUGAAACGAACGAUGGUGAAAUAUCCAGAUUACCAACUUGUUCUGGUGGGACACUCGUUGGGGGGGGCGGUUGCUGCCCUUGCCGGUCUCGAGUUUCAGGUUCGGGGUUGGCAGCCGCAGGUGACGACGUUUGGGGAGCCGAGAGUGGGAAACCAAGGGCUGGUAGAAUAUAUUGAUGCGGUAUUCCAUCUGAAAAAUUCGUCGUUAUCGUCAUCGGGUUACGACCGCGCAACAAACGGCGACAUUAAGCGGAAUACGAAGAAUUACCACAACAAGACCUCCUCCUACCACCGCGUCACGCACGUCAAUGACCCAGUCCCCCUGUUGCCCCUUUCUGAGUGGGGUUACCGACCUCACGCGGGCGAGAUAUAUAUAUUAAAGCCAGAUUUACCUCCUGACAUCUCCGACCUGCAGCAUUGCAUCGGCGACGCGGAUCCAGAAUGCAUCGCUGGAUCUGAAGCGGCUGGCAAAAGCUACUUACUCGCCUUAACCCUGUCAUCAUCCUCGGCAUCUUCGGCCGGGCGCAUUGGGGCUUACGACUAUGCUUACAUAGAAGAAGACAACGAUGUGACUAUGGACACCGCUGUAUCUAUUAGCCAGCAACGUCAGCAUCAUCAGCAACCAUUGUUGCCGUCCGGGCCGAACCCGAUCGGGGAUCGGAUGCUGGUCAGAGUGCAAAGCGAUGGUAAUGACGUCAAGCGAGAUUUGACACAAUGGAACCUUAUUCCUCACCGCUAUCGGUUGUGGGAACUGCUGUUUGCACACCGCGAUUACUUUUGGCGGUUGGGGGUCUGUUUGCCAUCGCCCAAUUGGAGUGGGAAGCGUCCCGGUGACCAUGGUGGUUGGAAAUUGCCGUGGAAGUGGAAGUGGAAGUGGAAGUGGAAGUGGCCGUGGAAGAGUUGGCGGGGAGAGAGCCGGUGUGAUGGUGCUGCAAGUGGGUUGAGUUAACCUGUAGUGAUUGAUAAUUUUGAUCCGGGAUUUUUCGGGAUUUUUCGGAUUUGGGGAAUUUUCUUCAUCUGUAGCUUCCUUUUUGCCUUUUUUCCUUUUUUCCUUUCGUUUCCUUUCCUAUUCUUGGUUUUGCGGGUUCCUUUUCUCUUUUUUAUUCUAUACCCAUGUGCAACGUACGUUGGUGCC